AUGUCCUCGUCCGAGGAUGAGGCUGUCCGACCCCCCGGUCGCCAGGGCAAUGGAGGCAGAGCUUACGGUGGCGAUUUGAGCAAUGAGGAGGACGAUGCGAAUAUGUCAGGCCAAGAAAUCGAGCAAGCGAAUGAUAACGAUGAUAAUGACCUCUUUGGUUCGGGCUCUGAGGCCGACUUGGAAGAACGCCCUCAUCGGACUCUCGAUGAUUCGGAUCUCGAUUCUGGCGACGAUGAAGGUCGCUAUGACCGCAAUGAAGACCGUAUGGAUCUUGGAGAGGAUGGAGAAGAAGGCUAUGGAGAGACACUCAAAGUCAUGGAUUUGGCUCUUGGAAGGGCUCCGGAACCGCAGACCACCACUGGAGAGAUUUACACAAUGGAAAUGCCGAACUUCCUUGCGCUUGAAACAGAAGAAUUCAGACCCGAGACAUACGUCGCACCGCCGUACUCCACUGCCGCAACCUCGUUAUGCUGGAGAUACGACCCGAAGGACCAGUCCAGUCUUCAAUCGAAUGCUCGAAUCAUUCAAUGGGAAGACGGCUCACUUACAUUGCAACUUGCCUCCAACCCCAAAGAACAAUACAGGAUUGCAUCGAAACCUCUAGCACCACACAACAAGGCUGGAAAUUACGACUCUUCUCUAGACACACAUACGUACUUGGCAGCUGCUGCCGAAACUGCCUCAGUAUUCAAGAUCACAUCGCAUUUGACUCACCAAUUGAAACCUCUACCAACCAAUGCAGAAACCGACGAUGCCAUCCAGCGUCUACAAGAAAACCUUGCCGCAGCAGGACGUGGUGGUAAAGCUAAUGCCAACGGCAAUGGAAUCGCCAUUAUUGAUAUCAAGGAAGACCCCGAACUUGCUGGAAAGAGAGCCGAGGCAGCCGAGAAACUGAAACAGAGAGAAGACCGGAAGCGACAGCAAUAUGCCGACCGGGAACAGAACAGAACUGCGCGCCGUGGAACCUAUCGCCAGUCGCGUGGAGGUCUCACCGCUGCCGGUUUAGAGGACGAUGACGGCAUGAUGGCAACGCGGCCGGCAAAGAGACGCCCUCGUUCUAACCGCCAUGGGGAGAUAUACUCAGAUGACGAAGAAGACCAUGGCCGCCGUAGACAGGAUUCUUACGAAGUUGACGAUUUCGUGGCUGAUGAUGAUGAAGAUCUCGAAGAGGUUGAAGACGAAUCCAAUUCUCUACCAGAUGAGGAGAUGGAUGCCGAAGGCGAGAGUGACGAGGAAGAACUUGAGCAACGACAACCUGUGGCGUCGCCUAAAAGACGAGACACCGCUGCAGAAGUUGACUCUCGUUCGCCGCCUACUAGAAAGAAGAAUCGCUACCGUGUGGAAGAUGAUGAGGAUGAGGAAUAA